AUGCCGAUCCUCAAUGAAGAGCGAAAGCGGCUGCUGUCGCAUUUCAGCGACGACAAUGAUGCAGCUGUGCCCGGCAAAGAUUCUGGCAAGCGACUGAAGGGUGCACAGGGUCAGGUCGUGCCGGUCCCAAAAAAAAGAACAGCCGGCAAAGGGUCAGCCGCCUCUGCAGAUUCCAGUUCUGCGCGCCGCGAAGCCUCCUCUGCAGCUUCCAGUUCUGCGCGCCGCGAAGCCGCCUCUGCAGAUUCCAGUUCUGCGCACCGCGAAGCCGCCUCUGCAGAUUCCAGUUCUGCGCACCGCGAAGCCGCCUCUGCAGAUUCCAGUUCUGUGCAGCAGGUAAGACGGCCAAGGUCCAAGAAAGCUCUUUCAGGGCCAUGGUGGAAGGCUAAGGGCGGGAACGAAACUGUGCGGGACGAGUAUCUGUCAUGGUCAGAUGCAGAGCACAAGCAAAAGCACGGGAAAAACCCAACCGAUGACUGCCCACGCUGCCGGUUUCAGAAGAUGAGUUCGGUGUGGCUUUCCAGUGAUGGGACUCGUGUCUGCAGCAGAGAAGGAAUUUGGCCCGGCACGGUGAAAAUGAUGGUGCAGGGUCGAAAGCAGCUGGUGACGUGGCUUGGGACCAGACCGGCCGCCUGGCCUGCUGGAAAGUGGGGCCUGGGAUGUCACCUGUGCGCGAACAUGCUGCACAAGACAGAGGAGGCUCAGGUCCAGGGCAAGCUUACCAGCAGGGUCAGACGAUUCAGUACCAAGUGGGGCAGGUACGAGGUGAAUGCCAUGAGCUCCGUUCAGGCCAGUGCGCUGCUCCUCCACUCAACUCAGAGCAAGGUUCACAAGCUGGCCAUGAGAUGCUUCAUGGAGCCCGAUACACCACCGACGCAGCUCCUGCGGGAGGAUGGUGACGAGGCGCUGCUCAGUGGGUCAGUGCCACAAGUGGCGGACUGGUUGGUGGUUUGGGAAAACUUGUCAGGGUCAUUCAGUCACACUGGCACCCAACUGUCAACGUCCCGCUUCACGCAAGGGAUGAGACGUCGGCGCCGUGAUGCGGACUCCAGGGUCAUUAAGGCCAUGAUCGAGAUCAUGGCGUUAUCCAUUCGCAACAGGCAUCGCGAGACCCUUCGUCAGUCAAGGUCCAUUUCCUUGUCCUUAGACGACAAAGGCCGCUGGAGAGUCAUGCGGUACAAGUGUUCUGUCAGGGUCAACGACAAGAUCGAGACACGCCGUGGUGUUCUGUGGGUGGAGAGCCUGUCAGCGGAUGAUGGCGACCUCAAGGACAUGGAAGACGACUACGGUGAGAGGGUCACACAAUCCAUACGGAACGCCAUAAAGCAGGUGUGUGGUGAAGACACCGAGUUGUUUCAGCAUGUCGUGAACAGGGUCAACGGGGUCAUCGCAGACGGUGCCGUGCAGAAGGCCUUGAAGCUCCUUCGCUUUGCGUUGCCCAACGUCGGGGUCAUUGCACGCGACUCCUGUCACGUUCAGCGCAUCGCCACGAGCGACCCAUUGAAGCGAGAUAGCAUGGGCCAGCGAUGGAGGGUCAUCAUGGCAGCGGAAGGAGGCUUGUUCCCAGCCGUGCAGGCCUCCGAAAAAUGGCGCUACGAGCUGCAGCUGGCACAAAGGGUCAUGAAGAAAUGGACUGGCCUUUCCACGGUCUUAAAGCAGGUGGGUCAUGCGGAUGCCAGGUACGAGUCUUCAGCCAGCUCCUCCAGGCACUACGUCAACCUGCAAGCCGCCAUUGCGGCAGUGCUGGCAAUGAGGGUCACCGACCCACGGCUCGACGUUGGAAAACGUACUCAAGCAGGGUCAUGGCUGGAUUCCAUGGGCGCGGCCUGCGCCAUCGAGGCGGGACUCACAGCCGACUGGUCUGCGGAAGCCCUUCGCUACAUCCGCCAGGACGACUGCAUGGACCCUGAUUGCGCACUGCUGCUGGAGAGGUUGACUGUGUAUCAGGGUCGUGUGACCAAGCUCUUCAUUGAGGGCCGCAUCCUCUUGGAAGCAUCAGGGUCAGACACUACGAUGACAGCGCAAUCCAUACAAAUCGCCCGAGGAAGCCCUCCCCUCUACUAUGGGCACAAGGUCAAGUAUUUGUGGACAGAAGACGAAGCAAACCGCAGUGCGCCCUAUGCUUUGCACGCCAUGCGAGAGAUUGCUCGAGAUGCGUGUGCACGACUCGAUGCGGAGCUGAAGGGUCACUUGUUGGCAGACUUCAAUGCGUUCAAUCUGGGUGCGUGGAAGCGUGCGCUGACCAAAGCUGGUGCAGACCGUGCCGUCGCAAUCGGCAAUCUGUGCCGCCAGUUUCGGCGGCUCUGCCAGGCCAAAAGGCUGCCUGUCGAGAGCCCGGCCCAGCAGGCUCAGGCAAGCGCCGAGAUCACAGCAGCAGCAAAGUUGUUGCUUCAGGACAAUGCCAGGGUCAUGGAUGCAGACGACAUUGACCUCCAGGCUGUCAAUCGUGACUGUUGGGGUCAGGUGGGCGCUGCGGACUUUGCUGCGAGAUGCAAACUUGGCCAGUUCGACUACCUGGACGAUGUAGUCGAUUUUUAUAUGGGGCUGGAGCAUGUCACGAGCACAUGUGAGAGAGAUUUGGGUCAAACGAAGCGAGCAGCGCUUGCGCAUGCUGGUCCUUUGGGUGGCGUGGCCCUGGCUGCCAUACUUCACUGCCAGCUGGAUGGCCCAGGGUCAAGAGAGGAGGUCAUCGGCGAUGGCGUCGAUUGCUUUGGCCCUGCCUCAAGGGAGUGGGCCCGGCUCUGGCUGGAGAAGCAUGGCCGGAGAUUCCAGAUCUACAACCGACGCUUCGGGCCAGAGUUGGCAGCCAGGGUUAAAAAAUGCACGGAUGCGGCCCUGAAGAAGAGCCAAAGCAAGGCUGCCGACGCCUUGUGUGCUAUGACAGCUGGCCAGGCCAAACGCCAAAAGUGCAUUCUGCCCAACAUGAUCAAGUUGACAGAGGCGGAGAAGGGCGCCAUCCCCGUCAGCAAGGAAACCCAGAAGUUCAGAAACUUCACCGAAACGCGUCGUUCAGCCUUGAAGACUGAUAAAGAGAAGGCGCUUCAGGGUCAACCGACGACCUUGCCGCCACCUCGCAACGCCGUUCUGCUCAGUGACACAACGGUGGUUUGCCGCAAGAAGUUCGAAAAUUUCAACUUGGCAACUGGGUGA